AUGGGAUCGAAGUCUUCGAAGCCCAAGAGGGCCAAGAGUCCCAAGCCGGGCAAGCGCGCCAGCAGGAAGGCGAGCAAAGGGCAGGCUACAGAGCAACGGCCGCAGGCGGUUCCGCCUGCUGCGCAGGCGAGCGCGGCGCGGGAUGCCGCGGCGGAGGUGGGCAGCUCGGUGGUGAGGGCCGACGCGGCGGACGCGUCCGCGCAGCCGCGGACGAGCACGAACGCCGCGACUUACGCGUCGGGUGACGUGUCCGCUGCCCAGCCGCCUUCGCUGGCGCUCCGCUCGGAGAUCCACGCGGGGAAGCUGCACUCGCCCAAGAGGGAGCGGAUGCAGUCCGAAGUCAACAGCCCCAAGUCCAAGGCGAGCCCCCGCGAGGCGUCCGAGCUACGCCCGCAGCGGACGGGUCCGGGAGGGGCGGUCAGCGAGGCAGGCGUCGCGAGCGGCCACGUGCGAGUCGCUUCCGUCCAGGACGCGGACAACGCGGGCGGCGUCCCCUCCCCUCUCGCGGCGUCGAUCGCGGAGCCGGAGCUCCGCUCCCCGACUCUCCAAAUCACUUCCAACCCGAGCGCGGUCCUCAGCAGCCGCCACAGCCUCAGCCCGACCGGCGCCGACAUCGCCGCGGCCUUCCCGCCCGCACCCCCGCCCGCCGCCGUCGACGACACCCCCCUCGACGUCGUCCCGGAAACACACCCCCUCCCCGUGCCCGACACCGACAACGCGCCCGCGCAUGUCCCCGGCCCCGCGCCCGACACCGACAACGCGCCUGCGCCCGAGGUGGCCUUCGAUGCCACCCCGGAGCGUCCCGCGACCGCUCCGCAGCAGGGAGAGAUCGUGCCGGUCGCGGACGCGGCCCGGAGCGGCGCCGGGGCGGACGCGCGGCCGUCGAACCUCGUGUCCGAGAUGUCGGAGGCGUACUCGACCGCGGACGGCACGGGCGGGCCGCUGGUGGGCGACGCUAUCACCCGCAACGCUACGAUGCAGUCGGUGCCGGUGUCGACCGCGGAGGACGCGGCUGCGGCGGAGGACGACGCGGCGGAGGACGACCCGGACGCGGAGCUGCGCCGGGCGCGCGCGGCGGUGCUCGGGACGGUGCGCGAGCGCGCGUCGGAGGCUGCGCUGCCGGAGGAGACGCCGGCGACGACCGCGGUGGCCACGGCGUCGAACACGGUCGGCAGCGAGGACGGGGAGGGCGAUGCGGAGGACCGCGCGCCGCGGGGCUCCUCGGCGGAGCCGGUCCCGGCGCCGGUGACCGGCGAGGUGGCGCUGGUGUCGCUGGAGGGCGGCGGGGCGCCGGUGUCGCUGGGUGGGAGCGGUGCGCAGGCGCCGGUGACCGGCAGCGGGGCGCCGGCGUCGCUGGAGGGCGGCGGGGCGCCGGUGUCGCUGGGUGGGAGCGGUGCGCAGGCGCCGGUGACCGGCAGCGGGGCGCAGGCGUCUAUGACCGGCGGCGGUGCGCAGGCGUCGAUGACGGGCGGCGGGGCGCAAGCGUCGAUCACCGGCGGCGGUGCGCAAGCGUCGAUCACCGGCGGCGGGGCGCAAGCGUCGAUCACAGGCGGCGGGGCGCAAGCGUCGAUCACCGGCGGCGGGGCGCAAGCGUCGAUGACAGGCGCGAAUGUCGAGGACAUCGCGGUCGAGGUCCCGGCUGCCGCGACGCCGGCGGGGGCAGGCGAGCCGCGGCCGGUUCGGCCGGUGACGCUGCCUGGCGCGGCGCCGCCGGCGCGGCCCCCGCAGCGGCCGCCGCUGCCGCCGCUCGCGACGCCGGGGGGCCUCGCGGCGCUGCCGCGCGACGCGUACACGAGCGUGGCGCCGGCGGGGGCGGUCGGGCGCAGCACGACGGUGCCGUCGGGGCAGUGGUCGUCGCGCCUGACGGGGCAGCUGUCGAAUCGGACGCGGCACCUCCUGCAGUCGCACCCGAUCAUCGACAUGACGGUGUUCGACCUGCGGCUGUUCAAGACGGUCCAGUACCACUGGUGGGACGGCAGCGUCAUCGACGAGCAGCCACGCGCCAACCUCCAGUCCUUCCGCCUCCGCGACGUCGACCAGCUGCCCGGGUCCGGCGCCGUGUCCUCCGCGGGCGGCGACAGCGGCAGCGGCAGCGAGCGCAGCGCCACGGCGGGCCCCGGCGCGCAGGCGUGGGCCGGCGACGGCCUCACGGAGCGCGACGUGGUGGAGCUGCGCGCGCAGGCGCUGAUGGACGGAAUGCAGCUGCGCAGCCGGCUGGGGAUCCCGAUCGAGGAGGCGAUCAUUCCGGAAGAGCAGCGCAGCGGGGCGUAG